UUGAAAAUAUGAUGUAAAUAAGUAUGAUUCUGAUGUGAAGGGAGAGCAGUAGAGAGGGGUGGUGUCUUUGCGAUGCUAUUUUCCAGGGAAGGCGGCCUGACAGCCUGGAGCUUGCUGCUCUGGCUGCUGUUCCUGGCAGCCUGGCAGGCUGGGAGCGGCCAGCUCCGCUACUCGGUCCCCGAGGAGGCCAAGCACGGCACCUUCGUGGGCCGCAUCGUGCAGGACCUGGGGCUGGAGCUGGCGGAGCUGGUGCCGCGCUUGUUUCGGGUGGCGUGCAAGGAGCGCACAGACCUCCUGGAGGUAAACCUGCAGAAUGGCAUUUUGUUUGUGAACGGUCGGAUCGACCGCGAGGAGCUGUGCGGGCGGAGCGCGGAGUGCAGCAUCCACCUGGAGGUGAUCGUGGACGGGCCGCUGCGGGUUUUCCACGUGGAGGUGGAGGUGGGGGAUAUUAAUGAUAAUCCCCCUGUCUUCCGAGGUAGAGUGCAGCGUGUCUUUUUUCCUGAAUCUAGGCUGCUUGAUUCACGUUUUCCUUUAGAGGGCGCUUUUGACGCUGAUAUCGGCGUCAAUGCUCUUCUCUCUUAUACGCUUAGUUCCAGUGAUUUUUUUUUUUUGGACGUACAGGGGAGUGAUGAACUGAGUCAAUCUUUUUUUCUUGUGUUGGGGAAAUCUUUGGAUAGAGAGGAAACAGCUGAAUUUCGUUUGUUGUUGGUCGCUGCUGAUGGGGGCAAACCUGGGCUGACUGGCACUGUUUGGCUGCUUAUUUCUGUGUUUGAUGUUAAUGACAAUGCCCCUGUUUUUGACCGGUCCGUUUACAGAGUACAUUUGUUUGAGACUGUGGCCAAUGGGACCUUAGUGAUUACAUUAAAUGCUUCUGAUGCUGAUGGAGGUUUAAAUGGUGAGGUUGUGUUUUCCUUUGGUAGUGAUGUUUCUUUCAAUAUUCUGGUGAAGUUCAAAAUUGAUUCUAGCUCAGGAGAAAUUAGACUUAUUGGUAAUUUGGAUUAUGAAGAAAUGAAAUCUUAUGAUAUUCAGGUCAUUGCAUUUGAUGAAGGAAGUCCUUCGAUGUCAGGUCACUGUAAAGUUUUGGUGAAGGUUGUGGAUGUAAAUGAUAAUGCUCCGGAAGUCUUGAUCACUUCUCUGUCUUUUCCUGUCCGAGAGGAUGCUCCUGUUGGUGCUGUUAUUGCCCUCAUCUCGGUGUCUGACCUUGACUCCGGUAUUAAUGGGCAGGUGACCUGUUCCUUGUCGCCUCAUGUCCCCUUCAAGCUGGUGUCUACUUUCAAGAAUUAUUAUUCUCUGGUGUUGGACAGCGCUUUGGAUCGUGAGAGUAUUUCUGCUUAUCAGGUGGUGGUGAUCGCGCGGGAUGGGGGCUCGCCUCCGCUGUGGGCCUCGGCCACCGUGUCCGUGGAGGUGGCCGACGUGAACGACAACGCUCCGGCGUUCGCGCAGCCCGAGUACACGGUGUUCGUGAAGGAGAACAACCCGCCGGGCUCCCACAUCUUCACGGUGUGCGCGCGCGACGCGGACGCGCAGGAGAACGCGCUGGUGUCCUACUCGCUGUCGCUGGUGGAGCGGCGCGUGGGCGAGCAUGCGCUGUUGAGCUAUGUGUCAGUGCACACAGAGAGCAGUAAGGUGUUCACGCUGCAAUCCCUGGAGCACGAGGAGCUGAAGCUACUGCAGUUCCAGGUGAGGGUGCGGGACUCUGGUGUUCCUGCCCUGGGGAGCAACGUGACUCUGCAGGUGUUUGUGCUGGAUGAGAAUGACAAUGUGCCCUUGCUACUGGGGAUUGGGCCAGGUAGAGCUGGGCACACUGUGAGUGAAUUGGUGUCUCGUUCAGUGUGUGCAGGCCACGUGGUUGCAAAGGUGCAUGCCGUGGACGUGGACUCUGGCUACAAUGCAUGGCUGUCCUAUGAGCUGCUGCCAAUUUUAGGUGGCACGCAUAGCCCAUUUUGGGUGGGGCUGUACACAGGUGAGAUCAGCACCACGUGUGCCUUGGUUGAGAAGGACACACCACGUCAGUCCCUGUUGGUGUUGGUGAAGGACCAUGGCGAGCCUACGUUGAUGGCCACUGCCACCCUGUUGGUGUCACUGGUGGAGAGACCAAAAGCCUCACUGUGGACUUUUGUGAGCAUGUCAGGCUCUGAGAAGGCGAUAGUGGAUGUGAAUGUGUACCUGAUCAUUGCCAUCUGCACGGUGUUCAGCUUGGUGCUCACGCUGCUGCUGUACACAGCACUACACUGCUCUGUGCUGCCUGGUGACAGCAUGUGUGGACCUGGGAAACCCACGCUGGUGUGCUUGAGAGCUGUGGGUAGCUGGUCAUACUCGCAGCAGAGGGGGCAGAGGGUGUGCUCCUGGGAGGGCCUGCCCAAGAAGGACCUCAUUGCCUUCAGCCCAUGUUUCCCUGAUUCUAGGAAUAGAGAGGAGCAAUUGCAGACAACUGAGGAUUCCUUUGUUAGUGUAUAAUAUCUUUUUGUUAAAUCUGAAGUUGCAUGUUCUUUUUGCUAUUAUCUUCUUUAUAAUUUUACUUCUGAGAAUCAAUAUCUUCAGCAUUUUCUUUGCUUCUGUUCAUGUGUUCAUCUGCCUUUGAAAUGUCUUGAGGAAGGCCCCCCGCGGAGCAUGCUUUCAGUCCUAGUUAUUUUAUAGGCAGAGUUGAAGGAUUUCAGAAUCAGUAGAGCUCAGGGACUGAAGACCAAACCUCAGCAAUGGGGGAAGAGAGUAUAUCAAGACAAUGCAUAUUGGCUAUUUUUGGUUUUGCUUUCUUUUUUUGAGACAGGGCCACACUAUGUAGUUCAGGGUGCCCUUGAACUCUGUAUG